AUGUCAGACUUUCCCUUCGAUGACGGCCUGACAAACGCAAAACUCAUUCCGGCAAACGUCUUCUCCCCACCACCCCCAUUGCCGAGAAGCAAGCAACAAGGGAGGCGAGAGCGCAAAAGGUCCGAAUGGGAGGAAAAAAACCGACUUCGCGCGGCCCAGCGAGCCGCCGAGGGCCUCCCACCGUACGUACCGGAUAUUGAAGUGGACUUUCUGAGGAAGAAACGGCAGCUGGAGAUCCAACGGCAGCGAGAAACCCAACGGCAUCAAUCUCCCCCCACAAUGUCGCAGAUUAGAGAGGAAAAAAAGGCCAAGGUCGACCAUCACGAGGAGCAGGCAAACGUCAAAAAGAAGCGAAAAAUCGAGACCAGUAAUGGUGAAUUUCCACUGUUGGACGGUGGUGUUCCGGGGCCUGUGAUACAGCCCCAUCAAGGACAGUUGAAAGCUCAAGCGUUUAGGCUUAAGCCACUGAGAGCCAAGUUACCGAUUUGGGAGCACCAGGGUGCUAUUCGGGCUGCUCUGCGGGCGAAGAACGUGCUCGUCAUGCUUGGAGAGACUGGUAGCGGGAAGAGUACUCAGAUUGGCCAAUUCCUUGUUAAUGAGAAGUGGAUGGCUCGGCGGAGGGUUACUAUCACUUUUGGGAAUGCUGAUGGAACGGAUAAAGAAGUUAUGGCCGGUGGGUGUAUAGCAAUUACACAACCCCGCCGUGUCGCCGCGACAAACCUUGCUAGGCGGGUGGCGCAGGAGAUGGGCUGCCAUCUUGGGGAUGAAGUCGGGUACAGCGUUCGCUUCGACAAUAAGAGUUCGGAAAAAACGCGGGUUAAAUUUCUUACGGACGGGAUGUUACUGCAGGAGAUGUUGCAUGACCCGUUAUUGAAGAGGUAUUCUGCUGUCGUUGUCGACGAGGCGCAUGAGAGGACUGUGGGCACAGACUUGGUUUUGGGGUUCUUGAGGGGCUUGGUGUAUGGAAGGCGGAAAGGUUUGAAGGUUAUUAUUAUGAGUGCUACGUUGGAAGUUGAGAAGAUGGCAUUUAAUAAUGAAAGCUCUUCUGAAGGCCCUGAUACCGAGAAUGAGCAGUACGAUGGGACUGUCGCCGCUUUUAGAGUUCCCGGACGACAAUUCCCGGUGGAGAUAUACCAUACCCCGGAGCCUGUUGUGGACUACGUUGAUGCAGCCUUGAAGACUGUCUUUCAACUGCAUUAUGCAGAGCGCCUCCCAGGGGAUAUACUAGUAUUCCUAACGGGCCAAGAAGAAAUCGAAUCACUCCGAAAGCUGAUCGAAGACUACGCCCAGAGCAUGGACAACAGCGUCCCGAAGAUCCUCGUCUUACCCUUAUACUCUGCCCUCCCCCCGGGCCUCCAACAACGAGUCUUCCAACCCGCAUAUGAAAGGAAUACCCGAAAAGUCAUCCUCUCAACCAACAUCGCUGAGACCUCUGUCACAGUCCCAGGCGUCCGCCACGUUGUCGACUGCGGCAAAGUCAAGAUGAAGCAAUAUCGGCCUCGAAUUGGCCUCGAAUCAUUGCUCAUAACCCCUGUAUCUAAGUCCUCUGCCCUCCAACGGGCCGGCCGUGCCGGUCGUGAAGGUCCGGGAAAAUGCUAUAGAUUGUAUACCGAACGGGACUUUAUGUCGUUGGCGGAUACUACGGUACCGGAGAUUUUGAGGUGCGAUGUUGCAUCUUCGAUCCUUACGCUCAAGGCACGAGGGCAAGAGGAUGUUCUUGCGUUUGAUUACUUGGACUCGCCGGGGAGGGAGGCGCUAGGGAGGGGUCUUGAGCAUCUUUAUACUCUGGGCGCGCUGGAUAAUUCGGCGAAGAUUAAUGAGUUGGGGCAUAAAAUGGCCAAACUGCCAUUAGUGCCAUCUCUGGCAAGGGUUCUUAUAGCGGCGGCGGAGCCCGGGGCGGAUUGCCUGCAUGAAGCCAUUGAUAUUAUCGCCGCCCUGUCGGUAGAGAAUAUCCUACUGACCCCAACCGGCGACGAGAAGCGCGAGCAAAUGGAAGAAGCAAGGAAGGAAUUCGACAGGCGGGAGGGAGACCACAUAAUGCUCCUGACACUAGUCCGCGAAUACGAAUCCCAACCGCAAAAAAAGGCCUGGGCGGAAAAACACUUUGUUUCUCACCGCGCGAUGCAGAACCUCCUAGACGUCCGCAAACAACUAAAGCAAUACACCACUCACUUUACAGGCCCCUCCUCCCCUCCGCCUACCCCGGCAGCGACAGUAACCCCAGACCUAGCAACUCGAGUCCUAAAAUGCUUCCUGAAGGGCUUCCUUCAUAAUACAGCGAGGUUAGUCCCAGACGGGAGUUACAGGACCGUUGUCGGGAACCAGGCCGUCGGGAUUCAUCCCUCCAGCGUGCUAUUCGGGAAGAGAGUGGAGGCUAUUGUUUAUCAUGAGUUUGUGUAUACUACUAGAGCAUUUGCGCGUGGGGUCUCGGCUGUGGAGAUGGGUUGGGUCGGGGAGGGGUUGGUGGGCGGUGGCUGA